CUUUCCUCUCUUCCUUCAAACACAAACUCAUUUUCUCUCUCUCUCUCACACCUGGAAACCCUUACACGAUCUCACAAAACGUGUCUCUUUACUCUUUAACUUCAAUCUACUUUAGUCAUCAAUUUUCCCAGAUUAUACUUUGUCAGUUUUUUUUUCAAUGCAAAUUCAUAUCUUAGCUUUAUUUAAUUAUUAUCACUUCCGUUUCUGAUUUUUGUGAAGUUAAAGAUUGAAUUGUAAAAUGAUUUGUUUUCCUAUCUGAGAAAAGAAGCUAAAACGAGCUUCAAGUUGGGGAUAUUCGUUUCUUCUUCUGCUAUUACUUUCUGGGGGGUCUCUUCCUCUUCCUUUGUCCAAAAAGAACUUUUUUUAUUUGUUCCGUAUAGAAAAAAAGAACCCUUUUUGAGAAGAUUAAAAAGCUUCAAUUUGUAGAGAAACCCAAAAAAAAGGAGAGAGGAAAAAAGAAGAAGUCAAUCUCAAUUCAUGAAACAGGGUUCCAUGAAUAGAUCAUGUCUCUGUAGUGUCUUAAUCACUACUUCUCUCAUCUGUGGUGUUUACUUCAUUGGCAAUGCUUAUAUUCAUCAACAAUUUAGAGAGAAAUUGCUAAGAUGGGAAAGAACUGAUAAGAGGCAUAAUGUUACUGAUAAGAUGCAUAAUAAUGUCACUCAAAAGAUGCAGAAGGCAACAACAUCCGGUACAUGCAAGAAUCUCAAUAAGCCAAUGGGAACGGAAUCACUGCCGCAAGGGAUUAUCGCCAAAACAUCAAACCUGGAAACACAACAUCUAUGGAACUACGAUGACAACAAAAAGGAAAGUCAGAAGACUCAGAACCGUGCAAUGAGUUUGUUAGCCAUGGCUGUUGGAUUCAAGCAGAAGGAGCUAGUCAACAAAGUCAUCCAAAAGUUUCCACCUCGAGAUUUCGUGGUCAUGCUAUUUCAUUACGAUGGUGUUGUUGACGAUUGGAAGCAGUAUCCAUGGAAUGAGCAUGCUAUUCACGUUUCCGUGAUGAACCAAACAAAAUGGUGGUUCGCUAAGCGAUUCUUGCAUCCUGAUAUAGUUACAGAGUAUGAGUAUAUAUUCCUUUGGGAUGAAGAUCUUGGUGUAUCUCAUUUCAAUCCUCAACGAUACUUAUCUAUUGUCAAAGAAGAAGGUCUUCACAUAUCGCAACCUGCUCUCGACACUACAAACUCAGAGGUGCAUCAUCCUAUCACCGCUCGUCGCAAGAACUUGAAAGUUCAUAGAAGGAUGUAUAAAAACAAAGGUAGCGGAAGAUGUGAUGACCAUAGCACCAAUCCUCCCUGCAUAGGGUGGGUAGAAAUGAUGGCACCUGUUUUCUCAAGAGAAGCUUGGAGAUGUUCUUGGUAUAUGAUUCAGAACGAUUUGAUCCAUGCUUGGGGAUUGGAUAUGCAGCUUGGCUAUUGUGCUCAAGGUGACAGGAAGAAAAACGUAGGUGUUGUUGAUGCAGAGUACAUUGUUCAUUACGGUCUUCCCACACUCGGUGUGGUUGAUACGACUUCAAGCUCUAAGCAGAAUGAGACCAACCCGAAAUCACCGGGGAAGGUUUCAGAGGAAUCAUCAGAGUCUCAUGAAGUGGAUAAUAGACCAGAAGUUAGGAUGAAAUCAUUUGUAGAGAUGAAGAGAUUCAAGGAACGUUGGAAGAAAGCUGUUAAAGAUGAUAGAUGUUGGGUUGAUCCUUAUUGAAACACCAAAGAGGGGCUAAGUAAACCAAAUCAAACCGGGGUUACCUUUACAAAUACAUGUUUUGUGCUCUAAUGUUUGUUAUUGUUUUGGGAGUACAUAGAUUCUGUUUUACUGGGGGGGAUAAAUAGUGUCAUUUUCUGUUGUAGGCCACAGUAGUUUUUUGGGGGGAUAUAUAAUGUAUUUUGUUACUACAGCAACUUUUAAAAUUAACAUUUGCUGAAAGUGUGGCUUUUUCUUCAUGUUUCUACUGAAAGGAGUAUUCGAGUGGUCCUAGUGAAUAGUUUAGUUAUGUAUUGUCAAUUUACUGGGGACAGAUUUAGUUGGAAACCCAAUUAGUGUAUGACAUUAGGUCAAUGUCAUUAAAAAGUGGGUCCAAAGUUCUGAUCUCUUAUCACUAAUGAUUCUUUGUGAAUAUAGGUGAUAUCAUUAAUGAAUCUUUAAUCGUUAGUAUUAGUACAGUCGAUGAUAACCGGUCGAACAGAUCGGUGUUUUAAUUUUGAUGAUGCAAGUCAAUAAAUACAUGUGACAUGUAAUAGGAUAUAACAAUAGGUCUUGUGUAGCUAAACUAUGUAAGUGUGUAACUUAUAUGAACCCCAAUAUCUUUCGAAUAUUGUAUAUCAAUUUAGUUUAUAUGAUGAGAUCUAAUUAAGUCAAA